CUUCUUAUUUUCUGGUCUUGUGCUCCUCCUCUGUCUCCCCAUGUUUGGAGCUCUUAUCAUUGCGUUGUAGAAGAAUAAGUCGACCCAAAAGAGCUUCUUUUCUUGAGAGCUAUACAAGUAGGAAUCUUCCCCCGUUGGUCUCGAACCCACAGCUCGCUUCCUUCUUUUCUUCUUCUUUCCUCCACCGUUUCCUGUUCAAGCGUCGAUCCUGUCUCCUUUUGCUCUCAGAAAUCGCAGUGAAUAGAAGGUAGAGAGAGAGAGAGAGAGAGAGAGAGAGAGAGAGAGAGAGAGAGAUCUCGAUGACACCGCCAUUGGAGCACGAUUACAUAGGCCUCUCGGAGGGCCCCGAUAAGCUCUCCUCCGCCAACCUUAAGGACACGGAGCUCCGGCUUGGGCUCCCGGGUUCCGACUCCCCCGAGAGGGUCGACGGAAGAGGGACCGGCCUGACGCUUGGGCUCCCUAAGAACUUCGUCUCCGGCUCCAAGAGGGGGUUCUCGGACGCCAUCGACGAGCCGCGGGAGUGGGGGCUCACAGGAGUCAACAGAUCUGAGGUGGAACAGGGGAAGGGCGGGGUUUCCUUCUCGGCGAAGGGUGAGAACGCUGGUGGAAAGCCGACGAUCGAGGGGAAGGAUGACGGCGGAGCGGCAAAGGUGGCGCCUUUGGCGAAGGCACAAGUUGUUGGUUGGCCACCCAUCCGGAGUUACAGAAGGAAUACAAUGGCUGCAAACCCAAGUAAGAACAAGGAGGAUGCCGAAGGUAAACAAGGGGUGGACUGCCUCUAUAUCAAAGUCAGCAUGGAUGGAGCUCCAUAUCUCAGAAAAGUUGACCUAAAAACAUACGCCAAUUACAAAGAGCUCUCACUGGCUCUUGCGAAAAUGUUUACCUGCUUUACCAUUGGUCAGUGUGGUGCACAUGGAAUGUCGAGCAGAGAGACACUAACUGAGGGUCGAGUGAUGGAUCUUCUUCAAGGGUCUGAAUAUGUUCUUACCUAUGAGGACAAGGACAGUGAUUGGAUGCUUGUCGGUGAUGUUCCUUGGGACAUGUUUACUGAUUCUUGUAGGAGGCUAAGGAUUAUGAAGGGUUCAGAUGCAAUUGGAAUCGCCCCAAGGGCCAUGGAGAAGUCCAAGAGCCAGAAUUAGCGGUGUUUGAAGUUUGAAGUUUCCAUUUGAGCGCAUGCGGACCAAAUGGCUGCAGUUGACCUGAAGUAAAAUGAAAGCUACAUGUGUCUAUGUGUUAUGUUUUGUUAUCUUGUGGUCUGUUACAUUGGAGUUAAGCAUCAAGUUGACUUCAUAGUAGUGUUGUUUGGUCAUUGUAUCUGUUUCCUGUCAAAUACAUGUAAGUUCUAGGAGUGUGGUUGUCAUUUUCGACUUGUAUGGUUUGAGCUUCCCUUUUAUGUCACAUAGGAAGGUUUUUAGUUGUGAAUCGUCCAAUUCUAUACACUCAGUUUCUGAGAUGACUAUAACCUACCGGUAUACCAUAUACAAGGUGAAAGCUCAAGCUUAAUGCAUUGAUGAUUUCAAUCGAUGUCUUUGGCAUGUUUUUGUUGUAAUUA